AUGUCUAAUCUUAUGAAGUUCCUUAAGUAUAAACCAGAAGAUAUUCCUGAGUCUUCUACAAAGAAUUCAGAAGAUGAUGAGAUUAAAUCUAAUGGUGAUAAUACUAAUGGUCAUAUUCCUGAUAAUGUUUUGGAGGGAAUGAAGAAACCUAAACAACAUCGAGCUUAUACUCCAUACAGUUCUUUACCAGAAUAUAAGUUAAAAGCAGAUAUACCUUCUUUUAAUGUAAGUUUCAAAAUUGAGGAGCUAUUAGACCGGAUUUAUGAAGCCGAGGCUUUCUUUGAGUUCAUGGACGUUCCCGAAGAUUCUAAAGUUAAGCUUGUAGCUUAUAAACUUAAAGGUGGAGUUGCUGCUUGGUGGGAGAAGAUUUGUGAAGAUAGACGCAAUUCUCAUAAACACCCUAUACAUACUUGGACACGAAUGCGUAAGCUGAUACGCGCUAAAUUUUUACCAAGUGACUACAGACAACAACUCUUUGUUGAGUUGCAGAAUUGCCAACAAGGAUCUCGUCUUGUAGAAGAUUAUGUUGUUGAGUUCUAUAACUUACUUUCCAGGAAUGAAAUUAAUGAAUAUGAAGAACAAUUGGUAGCGCGUUUUGUUGAAGGAUUGAAUAGAUUGAUUCAAAACAACAUGACUCAAUCUGAUUUUACUAUGGUUGAAGCUAUUCAACAAGCAAUUGAGAUCGAAAAACGACUCUUUAAGGCUUCCAAAACUUCUCAGUUUCGUCCUCCGCGGUUUAAUUCGAACUACAAACCACAAAAAUUUUCAGGUAAUACUUCUCAAGAUGCUUAUGUUUCGUCUCCUCCAAGUUAUAACUAUCAAGAUGAGUUUACACCCCCACCUCAACGUCCAACACAUCCACCAGUGAAUUUCAGUUUCUCUCAGUCACAACUUCAUGCUAAUUCUUCUCCAAUUUUACCAAGUCCAUCUGAGAAUUCUCCUAUCCAACAACAACAAUCAAAAUCUGUUGCACUUCGAUUUUCAAACAGGAACCAACAACAAUUUCCUCCUCCUACUAAACCCACAAAUUUAUAUUCUAAAUUUAGAGGUGAUAAGUGCAAUAAGUGUCAUCAAGUUGGUCAUUCCUCUGCUGAUUGUAGACGUUUCAAUGGUUUUAUUGGCGACACUUCUGACAAUAAAGACAAAGAACAAGUAGGUGAUGAUGAGGAUGAAGAAGAAGGUUAUCCAGAUUUACAUGAAGUCUAUGGCGAUCAUUUAGUGGGUAUGAUUCGCCCACUCCUUCUUAAUCAAACUUGUUAUUCUCAAAGACAUAUCAUGUUUAAAACAAAGUGUUUUAUUGGAGGGAAAGUUUGUGAUAUGAUUAUUGACAGUGGUAGUGUUGAUAAUUACAUCUCCUCUAUGGUAAUCGAGAAGUUAGGAUUACCUAUUAGUCCACACCCUCAUCCUUACUCUGUGGGAUGGGUAACAAGUUCUACUACUCAGCAAAUUACUAAUCAAUGUGUAGUCACUUUCUCUUUUGUUGGUUUUGAAGAUUCCGUCUUAUGUGAUGUGAUAGACAUGAAUGCAACACAUCUUCUUCUUGGACGACCAUGGAAAUAUGAUGUCCGUGUUGUGCAUAAUUAUUUUGAAAAAACAUACACAUCUUACAAGAAUGGUAAAAAGAAGGUCCUUCAUCCGUCUAAGUCUUCUUCUGCGAUCAAAGAACAUAGUGAUGAUAAGACAAGUGCUUUGGUGGCUACAAUAUCACGUUGUUUACAUUCAACUCAUACUUUGAGUUCUCAUGAAGACAGCAAGCCGAUGAUAACAGUUCUGGUUCAGGUACAACCUUUAUUAUCCAAGUAUUCUGAGUUGUUUUCUGAAGAAUUACUAGUUACUUUACCGCCUUUAAGAGAUAUACAACAUUGCAUAGACUUCAUACCUGGAGCCUCUCUAUCUAACCUAGCUCAUUACAGGUUGAGUCCAACUGAAAAUGAAAUUUUACAGGGGAAAGUCAAUGACUUAUUGAGUGAAGGUUUGAUUAGACCUAGCAACAGUCCUUGUGCUUGUCCUGCAUUUUUAGUUCUCAAAAAGGAUAAUGGUUGGAGAAUGUGUAUAGACUGCAGAGCUUUGAACCGCAUCACUAUUCCUUAUAGAUUUCUUAUACAUAGAAUUGAAGAUAUAACUGAUUUACUUUCUGGGUCAAUUAUUUUCACCAAACUUGAUAUGAGGAGUGGUUAUCAUCAUAUUAGAAUAAGAGAAGGAGAUGAGUGGAAACUGAUUUCAAGACUAGAGAGGGUUUAUAUGAAUGGCUUUCACUCUGCCAAGGAACAUAUCAGUCAUCUUUCUCAAGUUUUUAAGGCACUUUCUGAUCAUUCUUUGUUUGUGAAUCUAAAGAAGUGCACAUUCAUAUCACCUGAAGUUACAUUUUUGGGUUAUGUGAUUUCUCACAAGGGUAUUCAUGUGGAUCCUUCCAAGGUCAAAGUUAUUUUGGAAUGGCCUGUUCCCACUUCUAUCAAAGAAGUACGAAGUUUUCAUGGUUUAGCUUCCUUUUAUAGGAGAUUUGUGAAAAAUUUCAGCACCAUUGCUGCUCCUAUUACUGAUUGCUUGAAGAAGGAAAAAUUUAUCUGGACUGAAGAAGCUGACAAAAGUUUUAAUCAUCUCAAGGAAAAACUUUGUACAACUCUUAUUCUUGUCAUGCCUGAGUUUUCUAAACCAUUUCAAGUAGAUUGUGAUGAUUCUAUUAUUGGAAUUGGAGCCGUUUUAUCUCAAGAUAGACAUCCAACUUCAGCCAAAGUUAACCGUAUGCAUGAUAGAUGGCUUUCAACAAUUAACAAGUAUACAUUCUCCAUUAAGCACAAGAGUCGAAAAAUGAAUCAAGUUGUAGAUGCUUUGAGCAGAAGAAGUGAUCUCUUAGCUACUAUUCCUCAUGGAGUUGACGAUUUUCUUAUCCAAGAUGGUUUUCUAUUCAAAGGUAAUCGUUUUUGCAUUCCUAAUGGUUCUUUACGUUUACAUUUAAUUCGUGAACUGCAUGGGAGUGAUCUUGGUGGUCAAUUUGGAAGAGACAAGACUAUUUCUCUUGUUGAGAAAAGAUAUUUUUGGCCAUCUCUGAAACGAGAUGUACAACGAUAUGUUAUGAAAUGCAUGGUUUGUCAGCAAGCUAAGGGAACGGUUCAAAAUACUGGACUUUAUACACCGUUACCAAUUCCUGAUGCUCCAUGGGUUGACCUGAGCAUGGAUUUUAUUCUUGGAUUACCACGUACGACAAGAUGA